AAUCAAACAGCUAUAGAGAAACGAGAACAAGAAAAUCAUUAACAAAACCAAAGGAAAAAAAGGGGCAAUUGCAGUGAAACCCUUGUUAUUCAUUGUUGCCUGCAUCCCCAUCAAUUCCUCCUCCACUAAUGGCCGGCUAGUUAAUCCCUUGCCUCCGAUCCAUUGUUGUCCUCAAUUACUCACAAAACAAAGGAGAUGGGAAGCAGCAGCAGCGACGUUGAAGCAGGAUUCGCCAAGCUCCAAGGCGAAGACUUUGAAUACUACAUGCAAACCUACUCCAUUAUCCUCGGACGCAACUCCAAGAAAUCCACCGUCGACGUCGAUCUCUCCUCCCUCGGCGGCGGAAUGAACAUAUCCCGUCACCACGCCCGCAUUUUCUACGAUUUCCAACGCCGUCGUUUUGCCCUAGAAGUCCUCGGGAAAAACGGUUGCUUCGUUGAAGGCGUCCUCCACCUACCGGGUACUCCACCGGUAAAGCUCGAUUCGCAGGAUCUUCUUCAAAUCGGCGACAAGGAGUUUUACUUCCUGCUGCCCGUUAGAAGCAUCCUUGGUGGUCCAAUUGGGCCGCCACGUCACCACCUUCCGAACCCUAGUCCCGUCAGCAGUUACCAGUCUCCUCAUCAUUUGGCUUUGCCUCCGUCUGGUAGGGUUUCGACCGGGAAGAAGAGUGGUAGGGGGAGACAUAUGACUGAUUUCGAAGAUGCUUAUGAGGAUGAUGAUAUGGAUGAUAGUGGCGUUGUUGGGGCUAAGAAGAUGAGGAGAGGUGCUCCAGAUGCACUUGAUGCUUAUGCAUAUGGUGCUCCUUCUGGUUCCGGUGGGAAAUCACAUUCUGAUAAAAAGUCAGAGGGAAGAUCAAGAGUUGACCGAGAGUCAGACAACCAGCAACUGUUACAAUUAGAAGAGAAAGAUGUAGUAUCAUCUGUAGCUACUGUGUUAUCUGAUCUUUGUGGUCCUGGUGACUGGAUGGCUAUGGAAAAACUUCAUGCUCAGUUGAUGGAACAAUAUGGAAGUGUGUGGCACCAUAGUCGUGUUAGAAGGUAUCUAACUUCUGAUGAUAAUGCGGGCCCCGAGGCCCAAGGAAAACCCUGGUUUGGAUUGCUUAUGUUGUUGAGGAAAUACCCCGAACAUUUUGUCAUAAACACUCGAUCUAGAGGUCGUGUUACACUUGAGUUUGUCUCACUUGUUUCACUCCUAUCAUGAGACAUUUUCAACAACCUCUGUUUACCAUCUUAUGUAAAUUAGUGUCUUUUUAUGUUUUUUUUUUUUGUUGUCUUUAACUUUUGAUUGUAUUUGACUAUAUGCAUGUUUUGAGCAUUUGGUUUGACUAUGCA